AUGAGGGGUAAAAACCAACCAGUACCCAAAGUAAUUGUAAUGGGUUCCAGUACUGCUUCCGAAACAACUUUGAACACAUCAACCGAUAGCGCAAACACAAUUGUCACAACAGUCACAGCAACGGACGGGGAACUAACCGAAGGAAGUUUAGAUAUAUCCGAACCAAUUGAUAUUUUCAGUUCAGAAGUCGUAGAUUGCAAAAAUAACGCUGUAAUGCAACCGCUUCCUGCAACGCCAAAAACACCAGGUACAGCCACACAGAAUACACCACUGACGACUAGGCGCGAGAUGAAAUUUACGUUUGAUAAUCUGGAGUCUUCCAUAGGUGAGAACACGCCAAAAGCAGUGGCCAUAAUUCACGGCGGGAACCAAUUUAACUUCGAGAACGCUCCGAUUCCAAUGGAAACGGAGCUGAUACUACCGCCCGAGGAAAACCCCAUGGAGAAAUUUAUGGACGAGCAAAUGAAGCAAUUAAAAAUGGUGGAGGCGAGAAGGCGGAAUAGUUACAAACAGGCCACACAUGAGCAAUUAGAUAUCGAGAGCGAUAGCAAACUGUAUAAUAGAACGAAAAGAAAUAGCGACGUGGGUGGCGUCAUGAGCGACAGUAAGUUACACAGUCAGCGACAGAGAGAGCACAGGAGAAGUUUUCGAAGAAAAUUGGAUGUUAAUAAGGACCAGAAACCGGAACGGACGUCACCGAAAAGGAGAGCUGAAAGGGGGCCGAAUUCGUCGCCUGAAAAUGAGACUGAAUCUCCUAGACCAAAGCAAAGGCACAAAAAGACAAACAGAAGAAAUCCAUCAUCGGCUGGUAAUGAUUCGAAAUCGCACGCCAGCGAUAAAUUUGUGUAUGACGAGAAACACCUAGCCAAAUAUAGAACCAAUACAGCAGGGACCAGUGGUAGUCAAGCUCGUAUGACACCACCCUUACCCGAUUUACGUGUCGACUAUUUCAAUGAAUCCUUUGACCGCCGUCGCAGCAGCAUCCUAGACUCGUUGACGGCGACAGCGGCCGCACUUGAAAAACGCGGCAGCGUCUGCCUGAAUAAGUGUUUGCGUGAGGUGGGGGCCCAGUUUGAUGCCACCAAUAAUCCUGGAUCGGCCACUUCCCCUAUAAAUGUCACGACCAAUCCAUUGGAGAAUCCAGUGCACUUCGGACGGAAAGCCCCCCAGGCUACAAUCGUGGUUCAACAAGCAUCAGUUUCGUUGGAUCACGCCAAUAUAACCUCCACCAUCCUUCUCAAAAACGGAAGUGAUUUCUUGGGUAAUGUGCACGCUUCUAAUGACGCUAAUGCUGCUAAGUUAGCCGCAUUGAAGAUUCAAAAGGAAGAAAAUAUGAAGCAACUUUUGGACGUGGCAAACAAUUUAACUUUGGAGGAGAUCCGCGACUUCGAGAUGAGCCAUUUUAAAAAAUCGCCACCACGGCUGUUCAGAAAUUUUAUAAAACUUGACAACCGGGCAUCUAACAAAGGAAAAACUUUUAAGAGGUAGUACUGUGCCGGGGAACGACGAGCCCUUCUGCAAUAAUGUGUCCCAGGAACAGCGGUGAUCUAGCUCAACAGCCAGUACUCGAGAACCCUUUGCAGAACAUACAUGCGAGCGGCGCUCCGUUUUUUUACGCAUUUCUUUUCGAGUUCUCAUUACAAAUUUAGCAAUUUCUUGUAAUUUUUAGAAUUAAAGUUUAGUUUAUUCAGUUUUUCGAAAGGAAUUGUUUUAUUUUAACGAUAGAAGAGGCUGAACCAGGCCUAGCAAACGAUACAGUCCACUAUUAUAAACAAACUUGAACAUUUUGGACCAUUCGAACCGGAUAAAUUGUGAGACAAAGUGACAUGUGACAGCAGCCAGUAUAAAAGAAAAUAAAUUGCAGAAAUAGAGGUGGGUCCUUUCCAAUUUUUUCUUUGAUUCCAUUCCUUAUGCGCGCGUUUAGCGCCGUCUUGAUUGAACUAACAGGGUUUUUGAUUGGUUUGCUCAUUUGUGAACGUGAAUUAUAAAUUACUUGCACCACGUUGAAAAAAUUUAACUAUUAAUUCAAUUCAAUUCAAUAUCGAAAUGGAGCAACUUAUCAGGAAAAGAGGUUCUGUCAAGGCAAAACUGUCAAUUUUUGAAAAAUAUGUAAAAAAAUUAGAAACACUUUAUCCUGAUUAUACUGUAACAGAUCAAAACGAGUUUUUGGAAGUAGAACAACGUUACGAACGAUUUUCUAAUGUCAUAGACCAAUUUGAAGACCUGCAAGGUCAAAUUGAACAGCUUAGCGACGACCCUGAGGCGCAAUAUCUUGAGCGAGAGUUAUUUGAGGAGGUUUUUUUCGGCGUUGUUGGUAGGUCGAAAC